UCCACCUCUAAGGCGUGAAAGACGCGCAGUGUCAGUGUCGCGACUUGCUUUGCAGUUAGCAGUUACUUUGCAGCAAUGAACAUCUCAAUGCAACUGGCGGUAGUGGUGGCGGCAGCGUGCCUGUGCCUGUCGGACGCGGCGCCCGACGGCCGACUCGUGCGCAAGCAGCAGCGGCCCACGCGCGGAUUCAAGAAUGUAGAGAUGAUGACUGCGCGCGGUUUCGGCAAGCGCGACCAACCGUCCACUAGAACCGAACGCGAUGUAAAUCAUCAAACGUCAUCUGAGCGGUCCCAUCGAGGCACGCCAACAUUUAAAAGUCCCUCAGUCGGUGUUGCCAGAGAUUUUGGCAAAAGGACAAUGGAAGACAACGAAGAGCAAGAAGGUUACGCCGCACCAUCCCGGAGACGGUUUAACCCAAAAACCUCCUUGAUGGUUGCCAAUGGUUUUGGCAAAAGAUCUAGUGACGAAACAGUCGGUGAAGUUUACGGGCUGGACAAUUUCUGGGAGAGGUUGGAGUCGGCUCCUGAAACGGACGGGCAGGAAGGCAACGAAGAAAAGACGAUGGAAAGUAUCCCGAUGGAUUGGUUCGUUAACGAGAUGCUGAACAACCCUGACUUCGCGAGAUCUGUGGUGCGCAAGUUUAUUGACCUCAAUCAGGACGGGAUGCUAUCAACGGACGAACUACUCAGGAAUGUGGUUUAAACAUUAGUUCCUUAGUUUUACGUCGAAUACCUAGUUUUCACUCGGUUACUACUAAAACUUUCAUAUAGGUGCUUAUCCUUUAUUUAUUUACUUUGUAUACUCUGUAUAGCAUUACGGUACUGUGAUAUGAAGUUAAACAAUUAUCUUCUGUCCUUAAAAAAAAGCAAAAAAAACCUUUUCUAUUUAUUUACUUAAUUAAUACUCUAUAUAUAUCUAUAUAUAUACAUUUGGAAAAUUGUUGUUCGAAGAUAUCAUUCUUGUAAAUAAUUUAAAAUUACGAUGUCAAUGGCAUACGAUUGUCCAUAAGGGUUAUUCUGUACCUAUAUCUUAAAAAGUAGAAAUAAAUAAAACCUUGUUGUUUAAAUAAUUGUCUAUUCACAGUUUUCACUUUAAAUGUUUAUUUGCUGCGUUAAAAAGGAAAAGGGAAAUCUAUUUAUAAAAAUAUUGAUGUUUCAAAUGGAAUAACAUAAGAGGUACAAGACUAAAAUGUAUUUAAUGAUAGUCAAUAUUUGGUAGAACCCUAAACUGGUGACUCGUUUGUCUACCUUUUUACUGGGAACCUUGAAGACACGACUUAGCUGAAGAAAAAAUAUUUCCUUACGUUUUCCGGUCACAUUGUUUUUUUAUACUUAAAAACAAUUCCAUUUUAAAAUAUAUGUCCAAUUUUAUACUGUACAGUGCGUCUAUUUUGUCAACAUCUCUCGGUAAUCAUUACAUUUCUAAAUGCAGAAGAAUGUUAAUUUUCACUUUCAUCAAUAUUAUUAGAUUUAUCGUUAUCAGAAUUUGAAUUCAAAUGUAGAAACUAAACAGUAAUAAAGUAAAUAGUUCUGAAUUCAAAUUCUGAUACACGAUAAAUAUAAUAAUUGAUGAACUAGCAAGUGGUUGCCGAGGGAAGAAAAAGGAAUCACUUUAAAAAAUUGAAAUUUGUCUUCUUUAAUUUCUCAUUCCGUGCUACGCCGUAGCAGUUCGACUACGCUUUUGUAGACGUUUCUAUGGUUUCAUGAACUUUAUAUUUUCAACUGUUCUUAUUGUGAACAUUUUCUUAUUCAAAUGUCUUUCUCUUUUAUGUAGAGAUAUUGAGUCGUGUCAACUUGGUUACGUAGAAACUCUUACACAAAAAACUUUAUUAUUAGGGGAAAGGCAAGACGUUCUAAAUUCUGUAUUAAUUAUAAUAGGCUGGGCCAUUCAAUGUACUAUUAAAGUCAAUUUCCCAUACUUAUCUGGAUAUCUGUCUUUUGUAUCUAAUCACUCUACAUACAUACAUGUAUAAAAUAUGAAUAUAGAAUAGGUUAAUCGGUGAAUUUAAAAGUGAAUGUACUUUGAUACCCAAUAUGUAAUUAGUUGUUUGUUAAAUACAUGUCGACGUUAUGGAUGAAGUAAAUAAAUAU